ACCAUCUAGUGGCCAAUGAUAGAUUCUGUAAUCAGCUGAAUUCGAAUUUCUCAUUUGAGAAUUUCAAAUUUUCAAUUUUUUUUUGUUUCUGUAAAAAUGUUCCACUUGGGACAGCGAUCGGUAAGAACUUUGCUUAGAAAUUUUAAACUUCCUUCUUCAUCAUUACAUACAACGAUUCUUGGAGACGAUAAACCUUAUUUUAAACUAAAAGUGUAUGAUGAUCAUUUUGAAUCAAAAUUCGCAACGAAUUUAAAACAGAUUAAAAAUUCAAUGUUUGUCGUACCGGAUUUUAUUGAUACAAAUGAAGAACAAUCAUUAUUAGAUGAAGUUGAAAAUGUAUUCCGUGUACGACGAAUACGUUAUGAACAGACACAUUGGGAUGAUGCCAUACAAAAUUAUCGUGAAACUGAACAUUUAAAAUGGCGACCAGAAAAUGAGAUGAUUAUUGAACGUAUUCGACAAUUAGCUUUUGUACAUAAUACAAAUCAUAUUAAAUUUGUACACAUUCUCGAAAUUAAAGCCGAUGGUUUCAUCAAACCACAUGUUGAUAGUGUUCGGUUUUGUGGUGAUACAAUAGCCGGAAUAUCUUUACUUUCAGAUUCGGUAAUGCGAAUGCGUUUAGAAUCGAAUCGUGAUAUUUAUGUUGAUGUUUUACUUUGUCGUCGAUCAUUAUACAUUAUGACUGGUGAUGCUCGUUACCUGUAUGCACAUGAAAUUCUUGAUGAUAAGAAUUCAUUAUUCAAAGAAAAAUAUGUAAAACGUGAUCGUCGAAUAUCGAUUAUCUGUCGUAAUGAACCAAUAGAAUUAACUAAUUCACAAUGAAAUUGUUUUUGUUUUCAAAAGCUUUUUUCAAAAUUAUUUAUUUCAAUUACAUAAUGGUGAUAA